CGAAGGGACGAAGAGCGUAAGAUCAUCCUAGCCCAGGCUCAAGUCCGCGGCUACCUAGUCCGGAGCCGGAGCAAAAAGCUACAGCAGCAGCAGGAGCAGGAUCUGCACUGCUCCACGCCAAAGUCUCUCGACCAGCUGGGCAUCAUGAGGAAAAAGUUUGAAAAGCUCUUCGAUCAGUCCCCGACCUCAACCAUCUCCACCCGCAGUGGUAAUAGCCCCUCCAACACCCUGUUGAAGAAACGGAAGGAAGACUAUGAGAACAAGGUGUUCGACGCUCUCAAGAAGAACCAGAAGAGCUACGAUGAUCAGCUGAGGAAGACGCUCAGCAAACUGGAGAAACCGGAUUUAAAGAUCAUUAACGCCUUCAGCCCCCCUCCCCCAGCGUAUGAGGGUUUUAGGCGUGAGUCAGGAGGGACGUCAGAGAGUGAUGACGCAAUAAAAGUGAUGACGGCAGGCCUUACGACACACAGAGGAAGUGACAUCAUGAGAACCCCAGUGGGUAGCAGUGACGACGAAGCCAGAACUCAGAACAGACGCAGACGCAAGCGUCACCGACGCAACUCUCAGAAAUCCAACACGACGGCGUCAGAGAGCACAGCAACAACCAACAUCACCAACCUAUCGGGGCACGCCACCAUGGAAGACACAAAUGCCGUCGCGUGGGACGUGUUCCGGUCAGUGUCGAAGAAAAACGAGACCUUCUAUGAGACCACGACCAACUGGUUUGAGGUCGCGGCCAAGACCGUCAAAGUUAUCGCCUACAUCAUCAUCUUCAUCGCUGUCUUAGCCACAGCGGUGACUAGCAAGGCCAGUCUCUUGCUCAUGACUCAGGCCAUUGGGAAUGCUAGUCUGGGUUCAGAGAACAGAGACCGUUGGGUGUAUCUGCUGAUUGGAGCCGUCUGCUUCCCUUAUCUUGUCAUCUUUAUUGAAUCCCUCGGCAAAGCCUUGUUUGGGAACCUUCCCGGUCCCUCCAUCUUAAACUUAAUAUGGGUUUUGUGUGUGGAGUCCAUUCACAGUUUUGGUCUCUGUCUGUUUUUGUUCCGUGUCUUGCCGUGUCUAGACACUGUCCGGUGCCUUCUGCUCAUGAAUGCCUUGUGCUCAGUGCCUGCCAUCCUCAGGUUGUUCGCCACCAAAAGAUCGGACGAACCGAAGCGAAAAGUGGCCACAAUCCUGCUGGACAUCCUGGCCCUACUGAUGCAGCUGUCGGCCUACGUCAUCGUUCUGGCCUCCAUGAAGUCCGAGUGUGUCAAGACGCCCUCAGUGCCAGGGGAGACAAGCACGCCUGCUCCAGAACUAGCGUCUACCAACGAAGGCUCACCCUGGCAAAACACGUACUCACUCUCAGACAUGUCAUGGGAGAUCCCGCUCUCUCUGUUCCUCAUCUCUGUCAAGUGGUGGGAGAACUUCUGUGACGAGGAUCUCCGUAUAGGCUGUAUCUACGUGCCCAUCAAGCAGUACAAGGACGCUCUACACCGGUGCCGGGUCAAGUGCUACAUCCUGGCCAGUCUCUGGAAGGUCGGGGUGACCUUCGGCCUGGCCUUCCUGUUGGUGCCCAACCUGCCCAUGAUCCACAAGGCGUUUGGUGAGCUCAUGAACAUCCCAGCCGAGCAGACGACAUACAACGGCACAACGACGCAGACGACGAAUUUGAUCCAGAACCUGUUGCCCAACCUUCUCCAACCAACCCUCCAAAACGUGACCUCCAGCCCAUUCGACAACAACAACAACGUCAUCACACAAGUCGCCUCAGACGAGCCCAAACUCCCAGAAUCCAUGUACAUGGAGAUCAUCCAUCAGAACUGCUCCACCAUCCUGUUGGCGGGAAAAAACACGACCGUCUGCACCAAGACCAUCGUCUACAGGUGGCGCCAGUGGCAGACCUACCUGCCGCCCAUCGUCCAGAUUCUCAGCACCGGCCUGUGCUACUACUUCGCCAGGCUGGCGUGCAAGUUGUGCAUGCAGAGAAUAUCUUUCUCCAUCCCGCUCAGUCUCAGCACGCCAGUAUCUGUGGCCACGAUUAUAACGAUCUGCUACCUAGACAGCAGUAAGCUGGAGUUGAUGCCCGGCUUUCUCAAGUGGACGUGUACCGAGGGCAGUGGGGAGAAACGUUGGCUCAUCUGGCAUCUGGGGCUGGGGUUUGGUCUCUGGUGGGCCUCCCAGCUCUGGAUCACCCGCUACAUCUGGACACCCAAGGCGCCGCGUCUGGCAUUCACUGAGAGGUUGUUCCUGCUGCCCCAGUACUGCGGGGCUCUGAUUGAACAAUCCCUUCUGCUGAACAGGCGCCGUAACGACAGGGAGAGAAUUCUCAAGGAGAUGGUGUACGCUGAUGACGUCAGUAUGGACAGUUCCAGCACCGAUGCCACGUUGAGACGUCAGAGGGAGCAGGUGGUGCCUAAGAUCUACGUCUGCGCCACCAUGUGGCACGAGACGGAGCGGGAAAUGACGGAGUUACUGCAGUCUGUCUUUAGACUAGACAUUGACCAGAGCGCUAGAAGAAAUGCCCAGGACUAUUUCAAUGUCCAGGAUCCGGACUACUAUGAGUUUGAAGCCCAUAUUUUUGUGGAUGACGCCAUGGAUUUCAAUGACGAGAACGAGUGGAUGCCGAACAUCUUCGUCAAGCAGAUUGUGGCCAUAGUGGAUGAGGCGGCUAGUGCCAUCCACGAGUCUGAGAUCACCCUACUGCCUCCUGUCAAGAUCCCCACCCCCUACGGAGGUCGUCUGGUAUGGACCCUGCCAGGCGGGAACCUGUUGAUCGCUCACAUCAAGGACAAGCAGAAGAUCAGGCACAAGAAACGUUGGUCACAGGUGAUGUACAUGUACUACCUGCUGGGGUACCGUCUGUUGGGUCAACAGGACGAGUCGUUCAACACGUCAACACUGGAGAGGGAGGAGAAGUGGAAGAGCACGUCCAGCCAUUUCAUCAAGGGGAACCUCUUCAAGUACAUCCCGGAACGUGUGUUGGUCCAGGCGGAGAACACCUUUAUCCUGGCUCUAGACGGGGACGUGGACUUCAAGCCUCACGCCGUGCAGCUGCUGGUGGACAGGAUGAGGAAGAACAAGAAGGUGGGGGCCGCAUGUGGUCGUAUCCACCCCAUCGGAUCAGGUGCCAUGGUCUGGUACCAGGUCUUUGAGUACGCCAUCGGUCACUGGCUGCAGAAAGCCGCCGAGCACAUGUUGGGCUGUGUUCUGUGUAGCCCCGGGUGCUUCAGUUUGUUCAGGGGGUCAGCGCUGAUGGACGACAACGUCAUGAGGACCUACGCCACCAAAUCUUCUGAGGCUAGACACUACCUGCAGUACGAUCAAGGGGAGGAUAGGUGGCUGUCGACGCUCCUGCUCCAGCAGGGCUACAAGGUAGAGUACUGCGCCGCCUCUGACGCCAUGACCCACUGCCCUGAAGCCUUCAAGGAGUUCUUCAACCAGAGGCGUCGCUGGAUCCCCUCCACCCUGGCCAACAUCAUGGACCUGCUGCAGUCUUUCCGUACGACCGUCACCGCCAACGACAACAUCUCCUACCUGUACAUGGCAUACCAGGGCCUCCUGAUGUUGUCUACUGUACUGGGACCUGCAACUAUUCUGCUCAUGAUGGCCGGCGCCGUGAACCCUGUCUUCAGCAUUGACCUCUGGCUCGCCUACCUCAUCAUCGUCGGACCCAUCGCCGUCUUCCUCAUCCUGUGCUUCAUCACCAAGUCGGACACCCAGCUGACCAUCGCUGCCGUCCUCAGCGCCAUCUACUCCUUGCUGAUGAUGGCUGUCAUUGUCGGCACGGCUGUUCAGAUAUCCGAGGACACCAUCAUUAGCCCUAACGCUUUGUUCCUCAUCAUGAUGAUCGCUAUUUUCAUCGUCUCGGCGUCGUUCCACCCUCAGGAAUUUUUUUGCCUGCUACCGGGGGCGUUGUAUUUCUUGGCGCUGCCUUCUGGGUACGUGCUGCUGAUGAUCUACGCCAUGUGUAACCUGCACGUCGUCUCCUGGGGAACUCGCGAGACCUCAGCCAAGGAGAUCAAAGCCCAAAUGCAGCAGCGGCUGACGCCCAAGAACAGCGGCAUCUCAGCUUGGAUACAUCGCCAAGAAGAAGAGAGCGCUUGCUGCGGAAGAUUCUUCAGAUAUCUAAGGCGGUUAUGCGGAUCUGGGAACCAAGACUUGCAUACGGAAAUUCUGAGACAGGUGAUUGAAAAACUGGAUAAAGUUGAAGCUGGAAUUAAGACCGUCAAUACUAACGGCAGCACAGCGUUUCAGCACAACCGCAAGAGGUCAUCAUCUAGAUCAAGACACUCCAAGAAAUCCAACAAGUCCAACAUCAACGAUAUCGAGGAAGAGGCCGAAAACGGAGACGCGAGUUCAUCCAGUUCUGGAUCUUUAUCUGGAGAUGAGAUUUACAUGGAGGAGGAACGUGAUGAGCUCAUUAACCCACGGUGGUUGGAAGACCCAGGUCUGAAGCACGGUGAGGUGCAGUACCUACCUGUGAGAGAGAUCGAGUUCUGGCAGAGGUGUAUAGCCAAGUACCUCCACCCCAUCAACCCCGAUAAAGCCGUGGAGGCCAAAAUCACCGUAGACCUCAAGUCCAUGAGAAACAACAUCGCGUUCGCGUUUUUCAUGAUGAACGCCUUCUGGAUGGUCAUCAUCUUCAUGCUUCAGCGCGUCAAGGACAAGAUAAGUCUGCAGAUCCCGAAAUACGGCGGCGGGUACUUGAGUAUAGAACCUCUGGGCUUAAUCUUUCUCAGCGUGUUCGCUGUUCUACUCCUGCUUCAGUUCGCUGCUAUGUUAAGACACAGAUACGGCACUCUCUUGCAUAUCCUAGCCUCUACCGAGCUCAAAGUUGACAAGAAGAAAUUCAACCAAAAACAAGCUAUUCGCGAUAUCGUGGAGUACGCCAGAAAACUACAAAAGCUGUCCAACGGUUUUGACGAAGACCUGACAGACCAAGACUACGAGUACAUGAGCUCGACAGAAAGCCGACCCGCCAGCAUGCAGCCGGGGAACUCUAUCUACCCCGGCAGCGCCAACUAUCUCUCGUCGAGAUCUCUCGGUCUUGAAGAUAGCGACGUACCCAUCCAACCUGCAAGCGACUCGCCGUAUUCCCUGAUGCUGGAGAACCAAGCCUUUCAAGACGCGGCCGCUAAACAAGCCGGAGCUUCCGCUGACGACACUCCGGUGAAAGAAAAAUCCGCAGACGGAAGCGGGAAGAAAAAAGGCAACUCUUCGAAACUAGGGAGAAGUAAAUCUACCAUGGUGGACAAGAACAACACACUGAGGCGACAGUUUGAACGUCGGUACCGCAAGAUGUUGAGAAACCAUUCAGCCGAGACGGGUCAGGACCCAGAUUUUGACCCCUUCGUCAGCAGGUCGCUACGGGAACCUCGGAGGUCCACCAAGAGAGAGUCGGUCGAGGACGUUGUGGCCAGGUUCAACAACUUCAACAAUAGGUGACCGCUUGAACAGCGUCAAACAAAAACUGACCAAUCCCUGUGAUGCCUUACAGCACGGCUUUAAGGCGGCACACAGACAAAUCAUUCAACAAUAUUUACACUAGUGAAAUCUUUUUAAAAAACUAUUAAUUUUAUUAAAUGUUGAUCAUUUUAAUCCAAUCAAGUGCCGAGCUCUGCUUAUAUCAACUAAUGCCAGUAUCAAAACGAUGUUUUAGUGCAAACAGAAGAUUUAAAUUUGAUGACGUUAGUUUGUAUUGAUCUAUGCCCAUAUUUGUGUUCAACUUCUGCUUUAUUUUUCAUGUUUCUGUAAUAGCGUUAAGCUUUAUAGAUCAGUCGGUCUAUUGCAAUCAUGUUUUCGUUGUGUACUAUUGGAAUCC